GCCAUGGGGAAGGCGCUGAGGAGGAGGAGGAGGAGAAGCCCUGCUGCUGCUGCUGAGACGGGGGCAAGCUGUUGAGGGACGCCCGCGGGACUCACCUGCUGAGAGGAGCCUCCCAGGAUGCCGCUCUUCGGGAUAACGUUCGGCAGGAAGAGGGCGCAAGAGGAAGAAAGGCACCUGCGCGCAAACAACCGGCUCUUCAACCUGCAGUUCGAAUAUGCUAGAAACUCCAUCAAGACCGCCAAGUACAACUUGUUCACCUUCCUGCCUCUCAACCUCUUUGAGCAGUUCCAGAGGAUUGCCAACGCCUACUUCCUCUUCCUUCUCAUUUUACAGCUGAUCCCGCAGAUCUCCUCCCUCUCCUGGUUCACCACGGUGGUCCCCUUGGUCUUGGUGCUGGCCGUGUCUGCCGCGAAGGACGCCAUCGACGACUUUAAUCGACACCAAAGCGACAAGCAGGUCAACAACCGCCCUGUCCAGGUGCUGCUCAACGGCAGGCUGAAGGCCGAGUGCUGGCGGAAUGUGGAGGUGGGGGACGUCAUCAAGCUGGAGAAAAACAACUUUGUGACGGCCGACUUGCUCUUGCUGUCCAGCAGCGAGCCCCACAGCCUGAUCUACAUCGAGACGGCUGAACUGGAUGGGGAGACGAACCUGAAGGUGAGGCAGGCCCUGACGGUCACGGCAGAGAUGGGAGAGGACCUCCAGACCCUCGGCGGCUUUGAUGGGGAAGUCCAGUGUGAAGCCCCCAACAACAAGCUGGACAGAUUUGUGGGGACCCUGACGACCAAGGGGGAGAAAUUUGCCCUGGACAACGAGAAGAUGCUGCUCCGGGGCUGCACGAUCCGCAACACGGACUGGUGCUUUGGGCUCGUCAUCUUUGCCGGGCCAGACACCAAACUAAUGCAGAACAGCGGCCGGACCAUCUUCAAGAGGACCAGCAUCGACCGGCUCAUGAACACCUUGGUGCUGGUG